AGAUUCCAAACAUGUCGGACUUCAAGUUGGCAGUGAAUGAGAACAACAAGGCCACAGAAUUGCCACUGCUCCGGGUGUGUGGGACUGUUCAGCAGAACCCACACAUGCGAGCAUUCUGGGCCUCAACGAUUUCUUUCUUUCUGGCGUUCCUGGGCUGGUUUGCCUUGGCACCUUUGGGGCUGGAGGUAGCCACCAGCAUGGGCCAAUGUGAGAAUCAACUGUACCCCACCGCCGAGUACCCCAAGAGGGUGGCCUACCUGAAGUACAAGAACCUCAAGAGUGGCCUUGAGUAUUGCCAAUAUGGCAAGGUUCUGGACUCCAAUGAUGCGCCCACCGAUUGCCAGCCAGUGCCUGCUGACAAACUGCUGACUGGAACUGAUGAGGAAAAGCUUCAGUACCGACCUGCAGUGCUGGCCAAGUGCGUUUGCACCACAGGGACUUCAUGCAAUGGCAUGAUUGCCAACGCAGGAGUGGCAGCUGUGGCCUCGACAAUCUUUGUCCGCAUUGCCCUUGGCACCUUGCUGGAACGCUUUGGCCCAGUGAAUGUUCAAAGCGGCCUGCUAUCCUUUGGAGCGUUUUGGGUUGCAAUGGCUGCUGCCAUUUCAGCACCAUGGAACUACACCUUGAUCCGAUUUUUCAUUGGGUGUGCCGGUGCCACAUUCGUGACCAAUCAGUUCUGGUGCUCGCUCAUGUUCGCUCCCAAUGUUAUUGGCACUGCCAAUGCCACCGCAGCAGGCUGGGGCAACUUGGGUGGUGGUGUGACCCAAAUCUUCAUGAUUUCGGUCCUCUUCAACCCAAUGGUGGAUUCUGGUAUGCUGCCAGACACCGCUUGGCGAGUGGCCAUGGUUGUUCCGGCGGUCCUUUUUGUUGUUUGCGCCGUCAGCAUGAAGCUCUUGUGCUGGGACACCCCCACAGCCAAGCGUUUCGAUGUAGCGGUGACUGGCAAGACACAGAAGCCGUCUUUGUGGGACUACGUUGAGGUCCUGAAGGAUGUCCGAGUCCUGGUGAUGAUCAUGCAGUAUUCGGCAUGCUUCGGAACUGAGCUCGCGAUGAACAAUCAAUUGGCGACCCACUUCAGGACCUACUUCCAAAUGGCUGCGGCAGAUGCUUCCGCCUUGGCGGGAGCAUUUGGCUUGAUGAACCUCUUUGCCCGGUCCCUGGGGGGAAUCACCAGUGACCUCCUGUUCAAGUAUAUCGGCUUCCGUGGCCGCAUUUGGGCGCAGUUCUUGUCCCUCUUCUUCGAGGCCAUCUUCCUGUUCUGCUUCGGCUUGGUGGACAACUCUCAGCCAUGGUAUGUUGCGUUAGCAGUGCUCGUCUUCUUCUCCCUUUUUGUCCAGAUGGCGGAAGGGACCAGCUACGGCAUUGUGCCCUUCAUGAACAAGCAGCAACUCGCGAUUGUGUCCGCUUUGGUGGGUGCAGGCGGAAACUUGGGAGCCGUCAUUGCCGGCUUCUGCUUCUACCGGCCCAUUGAUGAUCCACUGCUUCCAUUCCAGGUCCAUGCCGGCUACGUCAUGUUCUGGGCCUUGUUGUCUCCUUGCUACUACUGGAGCGAGCAUGGUGGCAUGUUCCAUGGACCAGCCGUGGUGCAGAAAUCUGAGCCCAAGGUGGAAGCUGCAGAGACCGCUGUGUAGACAUUAGCUCGGCAUGGAUUCCAUCGAGUUUCUUUGCCAACUUUCCGACAUGAGCUGUUUGAGACGCUUGUGGGGUGCUUUGGUCCCAAGGACACCGAAGUUCAAUAGCAACUAAAGACACGAAGUCUUUCUUAGUUGUUUGAAGGCCCUUGUAUGGAGUGCAGGGCCUCGCAACAUCAGUUGGCAGACAAACUUUGUGGUGGAAACCACCACAAGCAGCUGUCAUCGAGAAAAAGCACGUCUAGAUCGUCUCAAUAUUUUUCAAAGUUCGGCGGAGCCCCUCUUCAUGUUGUAAGAGGCUCUCCACCAUAGUGUAAGCUAACAUAUGCCGUAGGGCUAAUGUGAGUGGACCUCUGGAAAGCAGAUGCACCAACAGCGGAAUGCAAAC